UUUCGUGGGAGAACUGUAAAUACUGGCAGAAUAUUUAACAUGCUUUGUCCGUCCUUCAUCAUUAAUGAUUUUUUUUUUUUGUUCGUUUUUUUAACCGUAAUCUGUAAAGUCGCGUAUAUUUGACAAGGAAACUCAACGAGCUAUUCCCGCUUUUCUUAUAAAUACCCAAUAGCAUAUCAGGAUUGUAAGAGUUGACGGCAAGUCGGAUUUUAGGGAUGCCCGUUCCAGCGGGGGACCCGCCGUGUGGUUGGGAGGGGGGAGAGGGGACCCGGCUGAUGUGGGGCCGGAUUCGGGUGCCGGCCCCGUCGGCAUCGCCGGGGGUUUGUCUCUGGCUGGCGCGGCGGGGGUGCCUUGGAGCUUCGCCUGGAGCGUGGGGGGGAGAAGGAGCGUUCGGAGAAGGCGAUGGUCCGUGUAACCUGUCUAAGUCCUGCUUCCUUGGAGGUGUUUUUGGUGCAGGGAGGGGGGGUUGGUCCGUUGGCUCUGGGGGGAGCGGGAGCUGCCGGCGCCGCGGGUCGGGGGGAGCAAGAACUGCUGCAGUCUCACGUUUUUACACUACAUAACGUCUAACCUACCUCAACUCUCAGUCAUUACAAAUUCGCACGCUUCAGACUUCUACACAAAACUCGAAAUCUAUGCACAGCUCCUUUACCCCUUGCUGCUGAGAGGCUGUUUCCAAGCAAAAUCUUUCCCUUUACCCGCCCUGGCGGCCGCGCUCAUCCCGCCCGCACCGAAGCCACGGGGGUCACGGAGUUCGAGGGGGGAAGGAACGUUUUUAAUCGCUUCAGAAUGGGAUGUGGGGACCUCGUUUUGCAGCAGGUCGUGGCCACAAUGGUGCUAGAACAAAACCCGUGGUGGAAACCCCGGGGAGAGCUCGGCACGGGGAGCCCCAACCGGCUUCUUCCAUCCCGCUGCAGGUGGGAAAUGAGGGGUGCAUUUCGGGUCCCCCCGUCCCGAUGCUCUCGGGAUGAGGCGUGGGAAGGAGAAGGAAACCAGAAUCCCUGAGGUGCCUCAAUUGCUGAUUUUUCCUUUUAAUACUGGAGUACGCUUUGUGGGCUCUAUAAGGCAUAUUUUUAUUAAAUGAAAUCUUGUAAUACAAACGGUGCUAUGGUGUUUUAACAAACUGUAUCACGCUUCUGCCUGAUUCCAUCUCGCUGAGGUGCUACUAAUGUAUAUAUGAAACUAAGGAACCAAGAUAUAAAAAAAUAAAGCAAUGUCGUUGAGAAGGAAGUUUACCUUUCCGGAGCGACAGCUCAAGGUGUGCCGGGAGCCGGUUGGGUUGAUGCAAACCGGAGUUUUGCCAUGUCCAAGGUGUCCCGGGGUCGUGGUGGAGCCGUUCCCUGCGGAGCCGGUGCGGUGGUGGGAUGAGGUGCUCAGAUGUACGUGGGUGUAGGGUUUGGUCAGAGGUGUGAUCUCGGUGCUCAGCGGUGCUUGGUCGUGGUGUGUGGACAUGGUGCUGAGACGCGGUGUUUGGCCACGCACCGUGGAUGUGAUGCUUGGGCGUGGUGGUCAGUCACACACUGGGGACAUGGUACUGGGACACAGUGUCUGGUCACACACCGUGGAUGUGAUGCUCGGGCGUGGUGGUCAGUCACACACUGGGGACAUGGUGCUGGGACACAGUGUUUGGCCACACACUGUGGACGUGGUGCUCGGGCACGGUGGUCAGUCACGCAUCGGGGGCGUGGCACGUGGACAUGGCGCUUGGACGUGGUGAUCAGUCACACACCGGGGAUGUGGUGCUCAGACGUGGUGCGUGGACACAGUGCUUGGAUGUGGUGCUUGGCCACGGUGCUCGGACAUGGCACGUGGGCAUGGUGCUCAAGCACAGUCACACAUCGUGGAUGUGGUGCUCGGGUGUGGUGCUUGGACAUGGUGCUCGGGCACAGUGCUCGGCCAGGCAUCACGGACAUGGCAUGUGAACGUGGUGCUCGGACCUGGUGUUCAGACAUGGAGCGUGGACAUGGUCACACAUCGUGGACAUGGUGCUCGGGUGUGGUGCUCGAACAGGGUGUGUGGACAUGGUGCUCGGACGCGGUGCUUGGACACAGUGCUCAGCCACACAUCGUGGACGUGGUGCUCGGGCGUGGUGCUCUGCUGUGGUGCUUGGACGUGGUGUGUGGACACGGUGCUCGGGGCACGGUGCUCGUCCACAGCCCACGGACACGGUGUGCAGGCACCACGCUCGGACAUGCUGUGUGGACACGGUGCACGAACGUGCUGUGUGGACAUGGUGCUCGACCACGGUGUUCAGAGGCAGUGCACAGACACGGUGCUCUGCUGUGGUGCUUGGACUUGGUGCAUGGACGUGGUGCUUGGGCACGGUGCUUGACCACGUCGUGGACAUGGUGCAUGGAUAUGGUGCUCGGGCACGGUGCUCAGCCAUGCGCUGUGGACGUGAUGCGUGGGUACGGUGCUCAGACGUGGUGCGUGGACAUGGUGCUCUGCUUGGUGCUUGGACUUGGUGCAUGGACUCGGUGCCUGACCAUGGUGUGUGAACACGGUGCUCGACCGCAGUGCUCCGACAUGACGUGUGGACACGGUGCUCAGUCAGGGGGUGAGAACACGGUGCUUGGCCACGUCAUGGACAUGGUGCUUGGGGACAGUGCUUGACCAUGUGUCAUGGACAUGGUGCAUGGACGUGGUGCUUGGGGACGGUGCUUGACCAUGUGUCAUGGACAUGGUGCAUGGACGUGGUGCUCGGGGACUGUGCUCAGCCAUGCACCAUGGACGUGGUGCUUGGGGACAGUGCGUGGACAUGGUGCUCUGCUUGAUGCUUGUACUUGGUGCUUGGCCACAUGUCACGGACAUGGUGGAUGGACACGGUGCUCAGAUGUGGUGUGUGGACAUGGUGCUUGACCACGGUGCUUGGACUUGGUGCAUUGACUCAGUGCUCAACCACGAUGUGUGAACACGGUGCUCGACCACGGUGCUCAGCCACGGGGUGUGGACGUGGUGCUCAGACGUGGUGCUCAGACGUGGUGCUCUGCUUGGUGCUUGGACCUAUUGCAUGGACUCAGAGCUUGGACAGUGGUGCUCUGCCACGUGUCAUGGGUGUGGUGCUUGGCCGUGACGGGUGGACAUGGCACUCGGACAUGGUGUGUGGGCACAGUGCUCAGCCAUGAGGGGUGAACACGGCACUUGGCCGUGGGGUGUGGGCGUGGCGCUGAGCCGGGAUGUGUGACCGUGGUGCUCGGACACGGUGCUGGGCCCAGUGCACGUGGUGUUGUGCA